UCAUAUUAGUAUUUUUGUCUGAGCAUUAUAUAACUUAAAUAUGCAGAACUUGCGACACUUGUAGUUUUCGCGGUAGCAAUUAAAUGAGCGCAAAAUUUGCAUAUCUUAACUGUGACUUUAUAUUGCUAUUAAUGAUUGCACUAUAUCACGUACAAGUGUGAGUAUUUUAUUUACUUAAAGUAUCUCCUAGAUUACUGAAAAUGAUUGUAUUAAAAAUUUGUAAUUUUUUUUAAUCAUUCAAAGAGGAACUUUAAGUAUCAUGUGGGAAAUAAACUAGCGAGAUAACAUUGAUUAUUUCAUCCUCUUUGUAAAACAAUUGCAUCGUCGGAAAUUAUAUUCCGACAUUUUAUAUUGUCGUGGUGAGUGGCAGGUGCUUGGAAUUAAGUACAUCUCAAACGGGAUGUAAAAAUAUAAUCAAGGUCUAUUUUACAAUGGAAUUAUCGUUAUCUCAUAAAGUAGACAAGACAAUAUAAUUCCGACGAGACAGUAUAAUUCCGACGAGGCAAUUAGGCAUUAUCUUACAAUAUAUUGAUUGUCUCGUUUUAUUGACUCGUCACUACAGACGAUAUGUCAAUGUCAAUGUCAAAAUGUUAAUGUCAAAAAAUAUAGAGCAUCUCCUUUAAUGUACAAUUAGAGAUAUAUCAUAUGCAAGCAAAUGGGUAAACUAGUCAAAUUUAUUUUCACUAUUUAUAGCGUUCUCUUAAACGUGUUCUCUUAAAGCGGCAAUUGAACAACUUUAUUGUUGGAGGACUUCGAGCAAAAUCUUUCGAGAUAAAAGCUCGAUGCGCGAAGCGGAAUACGUUCGAUUAUCGUUCUCAGGACGUACCUACGGCAGAUACAACCGAUCCGAUCCGUGAUAAAGCACGAAGAACGGGAACAGGCAACACAGUACACGUUCGUGCCUUUUCCUGGCGAGAUCGAGACAGACGUUGACAGAGAUUGCAAAGGAAAUGGCACGGUACGCCGAGGACGUAUACUACGAAACUGCCAUUAAAUUGAUACACGAGGCUGGCCAGAUUCUCCGAGAUUCCGUCAAUGAUCUCAAACAUAUCGAUCAAAAAUUGGGCGACUGGGAUCUCGUCACCCAGUAUGACCGAAAGAUAGAAGAUCUUAUCAUCGGCGAGCUCAAACAGGCAUUCCCAAAUCACAGAUUUAUCGGGGAGGAAUCAACCGGCAAAGAUUUACCGGAAUUAACUGACGCCCCUACAUGGAUCAUAGAUCCCAUCGAUGGCACCCUCAACUUCAUUCAUGGGUUCCCGCACACAUGCGUGGUUAUCGGUUUGGCCGUGAAAAAAGAGAUGGUCCUUGGAAUUGUGUACAAUCCAGUUCUCGAACAGUUAUUUACGGCUAGAAAGGGACGAGGCGCUUUCUUGAACGGAAAACCACUUCAGGUGUCUAAAGUUCCAGACCUGUCGAAAGCUUUAGUCUGCAUCGAAUCCGGCUUCGUCAAGGUAGACGAACUACGGGAAAAGACGCUGGAGAGGAUUCGAACUCUCGGUAAAGCGGCUCAGGGCAUUCGCACUCUCGGAGUGGUGGCAUUAACGCUAUGCUACGUCGGGCUUGGGAUCGUGGAGGCUUAUUAUAUCGAAGGCCCCGGCGUUUCGACGUGGGACAUUGCCGCGGCAUCGUUGAUUAUUUCGGAAGCGGGAGGCGUCAUUCUAGAUCUAAUAACAGGCGAACCGAUCGAUAUCAUGAAGCCACGUGCAGUAGCCGCAUGUAAUAUUAGGAUUGCUCGUGAUAUCAUUAAACUUAUUCAUGAAGUUGAUGAACGUGUAGACAUAAGAACAAAAUAACGCCAAUGAUUUUAAAAUAUAUAAAUUAAAACCAAAAA